AUGGUAACUGAUUUAACUCCUACCACUCAAGCUUGGCCUCUGCUGGGGUUUCUGGAGGUUGAAGCAACAGCCUUACUUGCUGGAAACCUGCCUGUGGAGCGGGACCGUACGCUCGCCGUGCCCUCCGAUGCUGAAGAAUACCAGCCUCCAAUAUGGAAAUCAUACUUGUAUCAGUUGCAACAAGAGGCACCACGUCCCAAGAGAAUCAUCUGUCCUCGGGAGGUGGAGAACAGACCAAAGUAUUAUGGAAGAGAGUUUCACGGGAUUAUUUCUCGGGAGCAAGCAGAUGAAAUACUUGCUGGGGUAGAAGGAGCAUAUAUUCUUCGAGAAAGCCAGCGGCAACCCGGCUGCUAUACUCUUGCUCUCAGAUUUGGUAAUCAGACCUUAAACUACAGGUUGUUCUAUGAUGGGAAGCACUUUGUUGGGGAGAAAAGAUUCGAAUCAAUUCAUGAUCUGGUUACAGAUGGCUUGAUAACAUUGUAUAUAGAAACAAAGGCUUCUGAGUAUAUUUCCAAAAUGACAACAAACCCCAUCUAUGAACACAUUGGAUACGCAACUUUGCUUAGAGAAAAAGUGUCCCGGAGGCUGAGCAGAACAAAAAAUGAAUCAAGAAAAGCAAGUGUAACGAGUGAAGAAAAUACCCCGGUUGAAAGAAUCACCUCCUUGGUCAGAAGAGCAGCCUUAACUCAAAACGACAACCACUUCAACUAUGAAAAAGCACACAAUUUUAAGGUCCAUACGUUUCGAGGUCCGCACUGGUGUGAAUACUGCGCCAACUUCAUGUGGGGUCUCAUCGCUCAGGGAGUGAGGUGUUCAGACUGCGGGUUGAACGUACAUAAGCAGUGCUCCAAAUACGUGCCCAACGACUGCCAACCAGACCUCAAGAGGAUAAAGCGAGUCUACUGCUGCGAUCUCACCACACUAGUGAAAGCCCACAAUACCCAGAGGCCAAUGGUUGUGGAUUCAUGCAUUCGAGAGAUCGAAGCAAGAGGUUUAAAGUCCGAGGGCCUCUAUAGAGUCUCAGGCUUCACUGAGCACAUUGAAGAUGUGAAAAUGGCCUUUGAUAGAGAUGGUGACAAGGCUGAUAUUUCUGCCAGUAUCUACCCAGACAUAAACAUCAUUGCCGGAGCACUAAAGCUAUACUUCAGAGACUUACCAAUUCCCGUGAUCACCUACGACACCUAUUCCAAGUUCAUAGAGGCAGCAAAAAUCUCAAAUCCUGAUGAACGACUAGAAGCAAUACAUGAAGUGUUGAUGUUACUCCCUGCUGCUCACUACGAGACACUUAGAUACCUAAUGAUUCAUCUCAAAAAGUGA